AUGUUUCUAUUACCUAGAAGAGCUAGUUCAGCUUUAUUGAAAACCCCAGGACUCUCUGCAAGAUUCCCUUUGUUAAUUAGAGGCAUUUCAAACUCUUCCACUUCCCUCUCGCAUACCUUGCCAAAAGAAGAUGCUAGGGUAUCGGUAUCUCCUUCAAGACCAAAGAGGAUUGUUGUCGCGAUUACUGGCGCUACUGGUGUUGCUUUAGGAAUCAGAAUUCUUCAGAUACUGAAGGCGUUGAGCGUCGAAACCCAUUUGAUAAUAUCAAAGUGGGGUGCUGCUACAAUGAAGUAUGAAACAGAUUGGGAACCACAUGACGUGGCAGCCUUGGCAACUAAGACAUAUUCUGUCCGGGACGUAUCCGCAUGUAUUUCAUCUGGAUCUUUCCAACACGAUGGUAUGAUUGUGGCGCCAUGCUCAAUGAAGUCCUUAGCUGCGAUUAGAAUCGGAUUCACCGAGGAUUUGAUUACGAGAGCUGCUGAUGUUUCAAUUAAGGAGAACCGAAAGCUACUGCUGGUUACCCGAGAAACUCCUUUAUCCACCAUUCACCUUGAAAACAUGCUUUCCCUAAGUAAGAUUGGUGUUACGAUUUUUCCCCCAGUUCCCGCAUUCUAUACAAGGCCUAAAAGUAUGGACGACAUAUUGGAACAAAGUGCCGGUAGAAUCCUGGAUUGCUUUGGUAUCCACUCUGAUACUUUUCCUCGAUGGGAAGGCAUAAAGAGUAAGUAG